CAGGUAUUGUGACCGAAGGGACGCUUCCUCUCUUGCUCAAUUUCUACACGCUCAAACUAUACCUUAAUCUUAUCAUUUGGAAUCGAAUAAUUAAUUCCUGCAAAAUGGCGGUAUUGACGUAGUGAAUGGAACGUUAAUUUGACCUACGUGCUGUAAUAUUGAGGUAGUCAUGGACUGGUUCUGGCAGGCUGCGAGGCUAGGCGCCAACGUUGGUCCGGCAAGGAGGUCAAAAGAUUACCAUUCAAGAUUUCAUCGAAAAGAAUGUAUAAAUUACGUCCCAGCGCCAACGAAUCCGUCCGAGCCUGAGGUAUGCUAUUGUGGCCUUUAUGAACGAGAACACGUUAACCCUUCCACUGGCUUCCAUCCGCUUCACUCGAGGAGGUUCGCGCUUCAUGAGCCUUUUACAGUUCUGAAUCUCCAACAACCCAAGAAACAAACGCCGAGGCAAGACGGGAAAUGGCACCAGGACAGAGAUAUCAAGGAAUUCCCCACCGAUGCUUAUGGGAUGCUGUUCUUCAAGCAGGAUCCGAAAGGCUUCUUCAAAGUGGCUCACUAUAUCAGACUCUCGGACGAAACAAGAAUCUGGCGCAGUCCGAGAGGCGACCCCUCCGUCCUACAGCUGAUGGUGGGGACGUGGAACCUCCUGGAACCCGAACAUCCGAAGCUGGUUAUCUCCUUUGCGGGUGACGAGGAGAGGUUCAGCCUGGAGGGAGCCAAGAAGAAAACCUUUAUGACCGGGCUUAUACGAUCAGUUGAAUCCACGAACGCCUGGCUACUGACAGACGGCAGUGACGCUGGAAUCUCCAAGGUGGUGGGGCAGACUGUUAACGAAAUGCAGACCACAAUCAAAACGGACGGUCACCUGAUGCCUUAUAUCAAAUGUAUAGGAGUGGCAUCCUACGGGUCCUGCAGAAACAAGGAUUCACUUGUUAAUGCUGAGGAUGUGAUAAAGAGUGAAAACAAACAUUUUUAUGACGUCACGCGCUCCUCGGGACGGCUGGCCAAGGUGGCGCUCAACGGAGACCACACCCAUUUCUUGCUGGUGGAUGAUGGAUUCCACAAUAGUCUAUCGUCGGCUGAUAGCUUUCGGUCGCGAUUGGAAGAGGCCAUUCAGAAGACGAUGCCAGAAGGACUAGACAUCCCGGUGGUGAUGCUGCUCCUGGAUGGCAGCCUCAGGGCCAUCGACAGGUGUCUGAAGGCCCUCAGGAGACGAGUGCCAGUGGUGGUAGUACAAGGGUCGGGCAGAGCUGCUGACUUGCUUGCUGAAGCUGUUCUUAACCACGAUGACACUAGGUCAGAAGAUGCCACACUGAAGGAGAUUUUGUCAAAAGUUCCAAUAUAUAUAGAUGACUUGGAUGAUCACAUGCACAUGGAAUGUGCCAAGAAAGUGCUGGAAUGCUGUAAGACGGGGAACAAAAUAACUGUCUACGAUAUAGACCGGGAUUCUAAUAUGGACAAGGCAAUCCUGUCUGCACUUCUCACAGGAACUGCUGAUCCCGAGGACGAGCUGAGGCUAGCGCUUGAGUGGGACCGCGCGGAUGUGGCUGAAAGUAGCAUCUUUCCGCAGAUCGACGACAACGCAGACCUGGGCGGCAUCAUGAAGCAGGCGCUGAGGGAGGAGAAAACGGACUUCGUCGACCUCCUGAUCUCGUGGGGCUUCGACAUCUCGAAGUUCCUGACGGUGGAGGAGCUGCGGGGACUCUACAAUCUUGUGGAACCAAAAGUCCAUCUGAAAAUGCUCCUGCGACACACAUCUCAGGAGGAUAAAAUCACCCUUAGUGACAUAGACAAACUGCUGAAGAAAGUGGUGGGCGGUCACGUGCACCAUUUAUACCAAGAUACGAGCAAAGCAAAGGAAUUUUCUACGUCCUUCGUGAGCGUCCAUUUUGAGGAUCCCUUCAUGGAGCUGUUCAUCUGGGCCAUCCUCACCCGCAGGAACAAGCUCGCCGAUUUCCUGUGGGAGAUGUGCAACUUCCCCUUGAGUGCAGCUGUUGUCGCCACGUGCAUUUAUAAUGGUAUCUUGGCUUCCCUCACGGACACCGAUCUGAGGAGGGAGAGCCAAGCCAUGAAGGAUAUGUUCGAGGAGAAAGCUAUAGAGAUGUCAGACCUCGGCUACAGGAAGAGUUACAGCAACGCCGUCAGUCUUAUGCAGCAGCGUUAUUCACGGUGGGGCGGCCUCGACAUCUUGGAGCUGGCGAUGGUCGGGCAAGACAUGAGGUUCGUGUCUUCCCCGUCGGCGAGGGCGGACGAGAUCCAGAGAUGGAAGAACGUCCGAAAAAAGUUUUGGUCUCGCAUUGCCUACCGAGUACUUCUCCUUAUCGCUCACUGCUGCCUCGUGCUCUUCAACCUCGACGAGACACCGACUCUCCUUGAAGGGAUCUUGGCCGUCAUCGUCACGUCCGAGGCCGUUGAGAAGAUGAUCCAGAUGGCACAAACGACCUACCACGUUGGCAACUCGGCCUGGCACUGGUACGACACCGGCCUCCUGGUCGUGUUUCUCUCUGCGUUUCUCCUGAGGAGUAUUCCCUUCAUACCUGACUUCGGAUACGUCCUGUACGCCCUGUGCGCCCCUCUGUUCUCCCUGAGGUUGCUCCGCUUCCUGUACGUGUGGCCUCGCCUCGGUUCCAAGAUCCUCAUUUUCGUUUACAUGGUGCCAAGGAUGGUGGAGUUCCUGGUCUUCCUUCUGCUGUUCGUGCUGGGCUACGGCAUCGCCACCCGCGUCCUAGUUAGCCACACUUGCCGGAACCGAGAGUACCUCAGCUUCAGCUUCAAGAGCUUCACCGACUUCAUCUCCGAAAUCAUCUUCUUCCCUUACUGGCAGAUGUUCGGGGAGCUUCAGUUGGAUUCGCUCGAAGCCGCCAACCGAACCACGUGCCGCGGCGAGAAAGGUCACUGGCGCUGGCUGACCUCCUGCGAGCCGUGCCGAGAGGUCGUGGACACCGCUCAGCCAAUUAUCUACGACUUCUUCGCCAAAGGACUGCUUGCCUUUUACCUCCUCAUCGCCAACGUCUUGCUCCUCAAUCUCAUCAUCGCCAUCUUUACGACGAUCUACGAGCAGGUGCAAACCAGGAGCAUCGAACACUGGAACUUCGAGAUGCAUCGCUUAACACGCGAGUACGAGAGCAAGCCGGUCCUGCCACCACCCUUCGGUCUCCUGGCCUACGUGUGGAGGGGGGUCAUGCAAACUCUGAGUCAGGCGAACAAAAAGGAGUUGGAUCCGGCUGAAGAUGAGGUUUGUAAUGAGACUGACGUGUGGCUCAGUCAGUUUGAACGUCAACAAGUCCGCUCCUAUAACCUGAUGAGGAAAAUGAACGGAGAAACUAGUCUAGAAAACACACUUCUCAGGCUCAAUAAAAUGAUCGAGUCGCUUCCGUCCCUGAUCAACCGAGGACUGCGGCGCGACGACCCAGCAACGGUACAACGACCCCAGACCAUGGCCAGCGACUUCUUCAACUUCCGCUUCAAACCGGGCACCCUGCACGACCGGCUCAGCGAGAAGAGCGAGUACCUGAACCAAUACAUCGAGACCCAAAUGCUCGGCAAGUCCUUCGUGGUCCACAGCACCUCAGAGUACAAGGUCCAGGACGCGACCAAGAGCCUGGCGGAAGUCGUGGCCAAGUCCUUCGGGAUCCUGAAGCAGAUGGCGCUUGAGGUGAACUUCCUGCACACGAACCUGUACCGUUCACUGACUCGCCAGGAGAACUCACAGAGGCGCCAGGACCUCAUGUUGGACGAGAUGGCCCAGGGCGUCCAGAAGACCAAAGCUGAUAUAGAGGAGGUGAUGAAUGUGAUGCAGGAGAUGGCGGGUGAUGAGACGAAGAGGAAAAAGGAGAAAAGGCAGAAGAGUAACUCAGAUGAUUAA